AUGGUCCCCAUUUUGAAUCACCUCGAUAUCGAUGUGGCCUGUUACGGAAACCAUGACUUUGACUUUGGCGAGAAAAGACUGGAAGACCUGUCGCAGCAGGUGAAAUUCCCAUGGGUUCUGUCUAAUGUCACCCGGUUGCAAGAGGACAGCGAUAGCGAUAGCGAGGAGGUCAUCGCUCGAGGUGAGCGGUAUAUCAUCCGCAAUGUGGAAGGUUACAGGAUUGGAUUCAUUGGCUUGGCUGGAACAGACUGGCCAUCAAAUUGCCAGAAUCUGCCUCCGUUGCGAAUCAAAGAUCCCGCUCUGGUUGCCACAGACCUCGCAAGGCAUCUUCGCGUGAGUGAGGAAUGUGACUUCGUAAUUGCCAUCACCCACAUGCGCCUAGCAGAAGACCUCAAAACCGCAAAUGCCGCCGCUGAUGGGCUCACGAAAGUUGAUUUGAUCUUGGCGGGCCAUGACCACGAAGUCCUGCAUCGCUUCGCCGGGGACACAGAGGAAGACACAGAAGUCAUUCGGCAAGGCUCCAGGAACGAAGAUCUCGUCCGCGACGGUGUCAUUGGCGAGUUCAGCGGGGACAUUCGCAUCGUCAAGAGCGGAACGAAUUGGAGAGGUCUCUCCAUCGUUCGCCUGACAGCGCAGAGGCUUCCAGACCGACAGGCAAACAUCGCAAGCCUCAAGCUAAAGCAGUACAUCGAUACCAAAAGCAGUCCGGUUUUCGGCGCCCUCCCAGCGUGUCCCCAAAUACACACGAUCUCAUCUCUCAUUCAGCAGCGUAUCGGCACCCUCGUCCAGCAGCCUCUCCUGUACACGCACUCCCCACUCGACGGCCGCGGCACCGUCAUUCGCAGCUCCGAGACAAAUCUCGGGAACAUGCUCGCAGACGCCUGUCGAGCCUUCUACGGCACCGACAUCGCCCUCAUCAACAGCGGCUCCAUCAGAUGCGAUCGGAUCAUCGAGCCGACGGCAUCACCCCUCCGCGUCAAAGACAUAAUCGAGAUUUGCCCAUUCGAGAACCCACUCGUCGUCAAGCGAGUCAGUGGCCGCUCGCUGCACGCGGCGCUCGAGACCUCCGUCUCGGAUCUCCACGUCGACGGCAGAUUCAUGCAAUUCGCCGGUCUGCGUGUCCUGGCGGACUGGUCUCGGGAGGAGGGGCGUCGAGUCCUCGAGUUAUCGCUGGUGACGUCCCCGUCGGCGGUACCGGAGCCGCUUGUCCCCUCGCAGAUGUACACCGUCGUGAUGUCUUCGUUCAUCGCGGCGGGGUUCGAUGGAUAUACCUGCUUCCUGGAGGAGAAGACGCUUGUCUCCGAGGAGGCUGCUGUCACUGAUUCGGGGCUGCUGUUGCAGAUUUUUGGGCAUAGCAAGGAGGAUUCAAACGAAGAUAAUACAAUAGCUGGUGGUGAAGCCUUGACUCGCGACAUUGAGAGAGCUCGGAGGGCGAUUAUUGUGGGAACACAUGAGCCGGACGGAUUACCGGUUGUGAGUCCAUCGCUAGAUGGGAGGAUCAAAUUCGUGGGUUAG